CUUAAACCUUUAUUUAUACCAAGUAAAAUAAGAAAACCAAAAAGCACCAAACGGAGAAAGUAUAGAAACAAUGACAGAAGCAUUGAGGAAAAGCUACGAGGUAUGCCAAGAGAUCGGCCGGGGAAGAUUUGGCGUCGUCUUCAGGUGCGUUUCAAUGAACUCAGGCGAAUCAUUCGCCGUUAAAUCCAUCGACAAACGUAAAAUCUCCGACGGCGAUUCUCUUGACUCUCAAUGUCUUUUCAACGAGCCUAAAAUCCUUACUCUAGUUUCGCCUCACCCGAACAUAAUCCACCUUCACAACCUCUAUGAAGACGAUUAUCAUCUCCAUAUGGUGCUCGAUCUCUGCCCUCCUUCUCAAGACCUUUACAAUUUCAUCAUCCAAAACGGGCCGCUCUCGGAGGCCCAAGCCCGGCCCAUUGUGGCCCAACUUGUCCAAGCCCUUGCCCACAUUCACAAGCUCGGCGUCGUACACCGUGAUAUCAAGCCGGAGAAUAUUCUGUUCGAUUAUAAAAAUUCCGUCAAGUUAACGGAUUUCGGUUCGGCCGAGGUGGAGGUGGAUGUCAUGAGAGGGGUGGUUGGGACCCCGUAUUACGUGGCCCCGGAAGUUUUGGGUGGAAGGGAAUACGGUGAGAAAGUUGACGUCUGGAGUUGCGGUGUCGUUUUGUAUAUAAUGUUGGCGGGGUUUCCACCGUUUUAUGGGGAGACGGUUGUGGAGAUUUUUGAGGCGGUUUUGAGAGGGAAUUUGAGGUUUCCUGUGAGGGUCUUCCAAUCGGUUUCACCGGCGGUCAAAAAUCUGUUGAGAAAAAUGCUUUGUAAAGACGUUUCAAGAAGAUUCUCCGCUGAACAAGUUCUUAGGCAUCCUUGGAUGACAGGUGAAAGCUAAAUUUUGAAAGGCACUGCAAGGAGCGAAGAUGUAUUCAUUGGAUGAGCUGGAAUCGAAUGUGCAUAUCAAAAGUACAAGGGAUGGAUGAGAUUCAAAGAUAUGCAAAAGUUUAACAAAGCUUUGUUGGCAAAACAAGGUUGGAGGCUUCUCACAAAUUGUAACACUGUGACAUAUGGUGUACUAAAAGCAAGAUACUCUCCAAAUGUCAAUUUCUUAGAAUCUAGUCUAGGAAAUAAUCCUUCUUUGAUAUAGAGAAGUAUAUGGUAAUACAAAGACAUAUUGUAAUAAGAGAUUAGAUGUGCGUGGAUAAUGGGCAAAUGAU